UUUUUCUUUUUUAUUUUUUCUUUUUCUUUUUUAUACUCUCUUUACCUGAGCAUCGCCACUUUUUUCUUUUUGUUCUGUUAGUCGCGCUAACCUUGGUUCCCCUUUCUCUUUCUCUUUCUCUUUCUCUCUUUCUCUCACAUUUUUAUUUUCAUUUUUUUUUUCUUUGUCUUUUUCUUUUUCUUUUUCUUUUUCUUUCAAUUUGGUUGAUUCCAACGCACGAUUUGCUCUGUCCUUCAUCCUUGUUCACUCUCCAUUCUCUCACCUUCAUCUCCCUCUCUUUCUUUCCAGAUCCCUCUCUCUCUCUCUCUUUCUUUUCCAGUUAUAAGCCGCUUAACUCGUUACAUCAUCCUCCACCCUUCAUUCGCUCCCUCUUUCAUCGUUCAGAAUCAAGUUUCAUAAUGGACGUUCCUCGUCCCUCAAAACUCUAUCACAAUCUACCGAGAAUCAUCACACAUAUUCCAGACUCCAACAGUACCUCAUAUCGACCCCAUCCAUUCCCAUCCUCUCCCUCAUCAGCUCAUCCAAUCAACCCUACGUUCUACCCUGUCCAUUCUACCCCAACCUCCUUAUCAUCCAUGUCUGCUAUUUCACGAACGACUACCGUUGGCAUGUCUGCUAGUUCCAAGAGGGCCAAGGAGGAGGUAUGGCCUGAAGCUGUUGAAAAAGCUUUUAUGGAAGCCAUUGCGGAGAUCCCCAAGCUGGGUCGUCGCAAGGUGCCCCUACACGAGAAACAUUAUGGUCGCAACGAAUUAAUUGCAGCAUACAUCUACAAGGAAACACAGCAGUCAAGGACUCGAAAACAAGUUUCAUCCCACAUUCAAGUGCUCAAGAAUACGCGCAAGGAAGAUCUGACCUUGAUGGAACUAUUGUCAGAUGGAUCACCAGACGAUAGCAACGACCCAACAUGGCUAGAGGCAGCAAUGGUCAAGAUCCGCAAGAUAUUUGGCGAAGACAGACUGCAAGAUUCUCCACCUUCUCCAACAUCACCAAUCUCUCCAUCCACCAUACUUCAUGAACCAUACGAGGAUCAUCAUGAGAAGAGACGAUCAUUUGAAGAAGAGGAUGAGGAACGGAGACCUCAGCAUAAUCGACAAUUGUCAAUAGCCUCGAUCUUAAAUCCUGAACCCGAUCGUGACCAAUCAGCCGAAGGCACUACAACUAACAACAACAAUAGCAACAAUAACAAUAACAAUAACAAUAGCAAUAAUAAUAACAAUAAUAACAGUAAUAACAGCAACAGCCACCCUGAAGGAUUCCCACCACCAAGGAGUAUGCCAAGUGCUGACCAUUCGAGCUCAAAUGCUGGCUAUUUGAGAGACGAACAGCGCUAUCCUCCUGCACAUGAUUUCAAGAGGGCACGAUCAUCGACAAUAACUACACAAGACGCCCCCUAUUCAUCUUCAUGGCGAGAGUCAAUGAGCCACGGACGUCAAUCGUCACAAUAUAUGGAACCUGGCUCAUUUGAUUUCAACUUUAGGAUAAAUGAACAUCCCCCAGGUCGCCAACCAGCGGUAGGACACGAGGCAUACGAUCCAGCAAUGUCUUAUCGCAGUGAGAGGCAUUUGUUCUGGCCAUGUCAUCUCAAAUUGAUUCAGGAAGAAAGUUAUCUCUACAAUAAUCAUAAUCAUAAACUGCCACAGUUAUUAAAUCGAGAAUCAGUCCUGGUUGAGCAUACUGCACCGUUCCAUGAUGCACUUCAGUCUGAGGAUAUUCGAGUGUUGGAUGAAGCAAGGUUCCCUCGUCUGAGAGACGCCUUUGCCCGCAAGCGAUGUUUGUUUAUGCGAUGCAAGAUGGGACUGAAUCUAGAAAACUUUACGCAUCAAGCUCGUUUAUUAUGCAAGAAUCAGUUCCAGGCUCGUCAAAAGCUGACAAUACAGUGUAGCACAACGGUCUAUUCUUUUGGCAAGGAAGUCGUCGGAAGCGUCGAAAUAAAGCAAGCAGCUUAUCAUCAGGAUCGCUUUGUUUAUGACUUCAAGAUCGUGGACGCAUGGCUGGAAGAGUUCCUUCGUUCGCUUGUAGGCCGAAGCAAAGAGGAGAUGGAGUCGUCAUUGCAAAACAUGACAAUAGUUCAGGUAUUUUUUUUACACCCUUUUUUUCAACAUUGACUGUUUCCUUUCCAUCUAUCACCAUGUCUCUUCAAAUGACUAACCACAAAAAAAAAUAAAAAAAUAAAAAAAUAAAAAUAGGAGUUCUCAAGUCUGACCAAGUCUGGUCUCGAAGAUCCUGAUGAAGAACCA